AGCAGGCAGCAGCUCCUCCUCCACUGCAGACCCUGAACCGCCGCCUCCUCGCCGCACCACUCCCGAAGCACCUCCGCCGGCGCCGUACCCCGGCCGCGACCCCGCAGGCAGGGAUCACGCGACCCGGCUCUAAGGCGCCGCCACCGGCCAGGACCGCGCGUGGAGACGCCUCCUCCCCAACAGAUCUAGCCACCAGCAGCCGGGGCCCUACUCCUGCCUGCUCCCACGGCCCCCAUUGCUGGAUCUUCAAUCGGGCCGCCCCGAAUGGCCGAAAUCCCAGCUCAAAUGCCCCCGUUUCUCCGGCAUCUCCAAACCCUAGCCCGCCUAGGUUAGAGGAGCAGCUGUGAAGAUUCCGAGGGGGGGGGGGGGGGGUCAUCGUUGGACUAGAAAGUGUGCCUGAGACAAUAUCCGUGUGCAGCAGCUGCUUGAUUGAAUGCCCCUGAUGAAGCAAGCUCUUCCAGGAAUAGGGAUGCAUAGCUCUAACUGCCAGAAGAGUGGCCCCGACAGAAUCAGCACCCUGCUGGAUGAACUGCUGCUUCAUGUCAUGUACUUCCUAACCCUGCAGGAGGCAGUGCAGACAAGCCUGCUUUCACGGAGGUGGAAGAAUCUCUGGGCAUCUUUGAUGUGGCUCAAUUUUGAAGCGGCCAAGUUCAGCAGCAUCAGAACUUACAGACAGUUUGUCAACAAUGCGCUCCAGUACCGAAGCUCUUUGCCAAUGCCGGUGUGACUGGAUGCAUUUUGGAUUUCUACUGUCUGCGAUAACUCUGAUGAUUCCCUUGACUAUUCUGACAUCCAGCCAUGGAUUCACCAUGCCCUUGAUAGCAAGGCCUGGGCUCUAGGCAUACUGAAGCAUUCCAGCCCCAAGCUCCUUUCUAUGGAGGGUUAUCCCUUUCCUUUCACCUCGGUGUACUUGAAAAUUUUAGGCCUUUCCCGUUGUUUUAUAGAUGACUCGUUCGUCCAGAAUCUAUCUUCCUGUUGCCCGGUGUUAGAUGACCUAGACUUGAUGGAUUGUGCCAUCCAUGUCACCAUGUUUUCAUCAACCACAUUGAAGAGUUUGUCCAUUACCAGCACACAAACUGAUAAAGAUUUCCCUGUAGAGUUUCAGUAUCUUGUGAUAGAUAUGCCGAACCUAGUCUCCCUGAGCCUAGAAGAGAUUCCGAGAAGAAUUAUUCACCUCAUGGAUGUGUCAUCAGUGGAAACAGCCUCAAUUUACCUUUUCUCACUCUAUUUUGGGCACUCUCAGGUUCAGUGCAGUAUUCUCAGUGCUCUUUCAAAUGCCACCAGCUUGACAUUGGUAUCUCCAUCUGUCUAUGAAGAUGUGGUGCCAAAGGUAUUGCGGCGUGACCUUCCAAGGUGUGCAACAUUCAGUAAACUGAAACGACUGCAUCUUGGCAAGUGGUUUCUAAGUGGUGGGUGCUAUCCACUAAUAUACUUACUUCGGCGCUCUCCAAACAUAGAAAAACUUAUCCUGCAACUUGACAGAAGUGGAGCUUAUGACUAUGCGAGGCUUGCAAAUGCUUAUGCCGAAAUAUAUCCUACGUGCAAGGAAGCAGCAGCAACGUUUGGUUGUGGAAAGCUUAGAAAAAUCAGGAUCUACUGCCACCUGCAGAGGGAUAAAAGAAGAGCCGCGAUCAUCAUGCUUGCCUUGUCAACCCAUAUAAGCCCUCUCCCUAGCAUGAAAGUCAAGCCUCCUUUCCAGUUUAGUAAGGUGUGUCUCUUAAAACUUACCAUGCAGGCAUACAGAAUCUUGAAAUUACACCUUGGACUCUUAAGAUCGAACCAGGUAUUAUGGCCAUGUUUGGAUGGUGGGGUAAAGGAGUAAAGGGGCUUUUACAUUUUUACCAUUAUUACGAAUGGCGCUCAUCAGAUUAUCACUAUUACGAUGACACCUACAUCUAUACCAUAAGAGAAAAGUUUGACUUACAAAUUUACCAUAUUUGAGGAUGUGGCAGCCACGAGACCGGUCCACGCUGGCGCUGAGUCAGUAGGCACCGACGCCGUUCGGCCCCUGUUACUGCGCGCCGGACCCGGUUGACGCCGCUGCCGCCGCUAACCCUAUUCGGCCGAAUCGAUCCCCCCCCUCUCCUCCCACUUCCUUUCGCUGCAUUCUUCUUCCUCCUCUUGCUGUGCUGCUCCUUCUUCGCUGCUCACCCCGCCGCCGUCUCCAGCUCCCCUCCUGCCGUCCCUGCGCUAAGGUUCGAGCUGCAGUAGGUCAGGGAGGAGGCAGGAACGCGGCGGUAGCUCAACGCGCGUGCAUGCUGUGGCGUAUCCAAUCGGCAAAGAAUCUGGACUUCCUUUGAUUGAAUGCCCCGACCGCGGCCUAGCCCGUGUGAUCGAGCUUCGCGCGAAGAAAGAAACAGUCAACAACGGGCGAACCUUCUUCAAGUGUCCGAGGAAUGAGGCCAGUUUCUCCAUCCCUCUAUGUUAGUGUGUUUGGCGAUUUGAUUUGGAGCAUCACAGUUUCGAUUUGGUGGUGUUUGCAGAAUCCGAAGUAUUGUGACUUCUACCGAUUUCAGAAGGAUUACUUGGAUGAGCUGAUUCUCAAGAAGAUUGUCAUUAUCAAGUGUUAGCAGAUCGAAGAAGUGGAAGAAGGAUCGCACGGCAGCGUGAACGAUGAGGAAGAGAACCGCAGUAGGCUAGAGAAGUUAGAGAAUCUGACAUGGAAAAUGAAUUGUGUGUUUGUUGUUUUUGGCAUUGUUGUGUUAGCAAUGGGUGUGAGAUCAGUUCUAAUGGCUUGAGUUGAGCAUUGUGUUUGUUGGAGCCUGAUGUAUGAACCAUUACCUGAUGUAUGAAUCUUUUGCAAUGCACCAGAUGUAUGAAUCUUUUGCAAUGAACCUGAUGUAUGAACCAUUUGCAAUGAAACAUAUUCUGGCAACUUGAGUCCAUAACAUCCCUAACAUUAGAUAGAAAUUGUUGGCAUACAUAUUGUUUUGUGCCAUUACAGACCAUCAUCUAGCAUCUCCAACAAAGUGGUUUUGUGCCUAACAUUACAUAAUAAGGCCAUGCAAGAGACAGUUUUGGCCGUUCAAAAGAUUGUUUUGGCAAAAGAAGAGGAGUGAGGCUGGUCAUUUCUUCUUUGUGGCUCCUUUCUUCUGAGGUGUCUUAUUCUCCU